AUGGAUACAGCAUCGGAACGAUUAAGCGAGGUGUCAAUAUCUCCUCACUACUGGGGGAUACAUACGUCUCUGUACAGCUCAUUGCCCCCGGAGGCUGUCAAACAGCUCGAGCGCGCCAUCUGGCUCAAGAUAUCAGGACUCGCGGACGAAGCAAGAGCCAUAUUUGACAAUGAGCUCAGCUCUCUUGCAACAGUUCCAGUCGUAGCCAUUGAACAUGCUGACCUCGAGCUUGAGGCGGGCAAAUGGGGACGGGCAUGGAGAAUCCUGAACUCGAAGCUUGCGCAACUACAAGAUGCUAACGGGGACCUCGAAGCGCCUGAGUAUCGACUCAUGGCCUUGACGUGGGCCAUGCUCGGGACGAGGCAUCGAGGUGAUGUAACGUCGUCAGCUAUAGAAAUUGAAAGGACACAGCAUUGGCUGGCCGAAGUACCUGUAGCAGAUUAUACUGAUAUCCAGGCAGGCUGUAUUCGCCGAUAUGUCAUCGCGAGUCUGUUCACCAGGCUCUACUCGGGAUACAAUAACCCAGAGUCAGAGCACAUACCGGCACAUAACAAAACAGACGGUUCCGGUGCAAAGAUCCCUUGGGGUGGGCUGCAACUACUGCGGCGCUCUCUCACGCAGAAAGGCAUGUUCAACGAGGCCAAUGCUUUGUUCCGCGUAGAGUUGAAUCGUACGCCACCAGAAGACCGCGGCCCUGUGGUUGAGGAGUUUCUGGAGGCUGUAGUAAGCAUCCCUCCGAGUCGCGGUCGGGACUUCAUCGAGGCGGUGGUUCGCCUUCAGUGGGCAACCACACAUGUUCAGCUACAAGCACCUGUCAGCGCCGUCGAGGAAUUCGACAAGUCUGCGGCGGCUUUCCGGAGGUUCUGCGAUGACUUUGGCAUUAGAAACAAGGAGGCUACACCGCAUAUGCAAGCAAUGGCGUACGAGAGGCUGUCAUGCAUCGACGACCCCAUCGGCAGGUUAGACCGCACGGAGGAGCUGGCCGCUCGUAUGGAGGCUAUCGACGGCACGAAGACUGGCCUAUGCUUAUCGGCGGCGGCUGAUUUGUCCAGAGCUUACUACACGGCCACAGGGAUGGAAUUGUUCAAGACCACGUAUUUCGACGUGCAGAAGCGCCUCGAGACGUAUGACCAGACGGUAUCGGAGGAUAUUUGCGAUCUGGUGCACCAUCAUGUUGACCUCAUCUCCGUUACCCUCGCGAGUCUCGUUGAUCGCCACAAGGCUCUCGAAUGGGUCGAUGCCUUUUUUAAAGAACAUCCGCAUUUUGACGCCCCAGUAGUGCGGGCGUUGCUCUGUAGGAGUAAGGCUUCACUCUUGCGAAGUCUUUGUCGAAUGGAUGAGGCCGACAAGGUGGACGAGGAAGCAAGUCGAUUAGAAGCAUUCACGCCAUCGAUAGGGAAGUGGACCCAUGCGAGAAAGGGUUAUCGCGCUCCAACGACGAGGAGCACAACUUCUUCGGUGCAGCCAGAUCCCCAGCAUCAGGUUCAGGACGAUGAUGGGGAGGAGACAUUCUACUGGGGUUGGAGCGAUGCCGUUGGGGAUCAAUUCAAGAUACAAGAAAUGGCCAUUCAGCUGGUACUGAAGUGGCUGCUAGAUGACAUCGCCAUUGGGAGCUCUGCCCUUGAAGAGUUUGAAGGGAUGACAGAAGCUGAAUUGAAAGCUAUCGUCUUCCCCAAAGCCGUCGAUACCGAUGAGUUCGCAGAAGGACGGUACAUUCGCCUCUGUGCAUGGCUCGGCAAUCCUCCUGAGCACCAAAGAAACCGCCGGUUGUUCUGUUUGGUCAUGCUUAGGUACGGGAGGCAGAUGCACUUUUCUGACCAUAAACUCUGGGAACCACGCCUCUCUGAGCUCCAUCACUUACUGGAGCUCGAAGAAACCCUCCCCCAAAUCAUCCGGGACAACUUUCCUGGUAGCAAGGGUAGUUGGCUGGGCCAAAUGGCACUCACGUACAUGGCACCUCUCGAGGACUUGGCAGAUCUUACCAGCGCUGAAUCGGGACAACGAUUAUCAAAUGCUCAAACAUACAACGACCGUGCUCUGGCUGAGUAUCGUCGAAAGAAAGACCUGGUUCGAGUGGCUCUUCACCAGCGAUCUGGGGCGCAAAUCUGCAUGCUCAUGAUCAUACGGCUGAGACAAUUGGAGCAGCAAGCAGCGAGCGCCAAUACCAAGUACGGCACAGCAGACAAUGGGUCCCAAAAGGCAGAGAAAAAUGAUGCUUUUCUCUCUACCUAUUCUAAGGCGAAAAUCGGCGACCUCCGCGACAGGGGAAUUAGUCAAGCCGAAGAGGCUGAUGAGAUAUUUUCGCUGAGCGAGCUGCACGCCUCAUCAAGCUCAGGCCUAGAAGGCAUCACCCAGCGGCAGAACAUCACCGCGUUCAAUGCCAACGCGUACACGGUCCGCACAGCCAUCGAAUUGCUCCUCGCGGCGCCGGGUGAGCCAUCUGAUGAGACUAUCACAAAGGUGUGGCGGUGGGUGCAGAAGUACAAAGCACGCUCACUGGCGCGAACGAUCGGGGUGCGUAUCUCUGAUCCGCCCGAGCUGGUGAAUAAGAUCAUGGCCUGUCCUGACGCUGCCCGCGGUUACGAGGAGAUGCUGGCGAUCGAACAGCGUAUCAAGGAGGCGGAAGGGAUGGCUAAGUUCAAUCUGCGUCGGCAGCUGGACACGCAUCUUCAAACUAUGAGGGAGAAGCACGACCUCAUGAGGCAACUCCUUGACUUGAGAGAGGCCCAGCCGUUUGACUUGCCGGAUGUGUCCAGGAUCAAAGCCCAGAGUGGUACACGCAUUGUGCUGGUUGACUGGUUCCACCUCCCUCCGUAUGUCACCGGCGACGCCGAUAGACUGUUGUUGUUCACAGUCAAGGAUCAAUCCAAACCAACCAUGGAUAUGUUGACUACAAGAGUAAAAGACGUGAUGGCUUGGCAGAAAACAUACCUCGCCCCUGAUGAAUUCGAAGACGUGCCAGAGGAGAAUCUCGACACGACAGAGGCACGUGAAGCAUUCGACAGCAUGCUAGGUGGUCUCGUUGCGCCGCUUGCCCGCCAUGUCAAGUCCAAUGAGCUCGUUGUCCUGUGUCCGUCCUCUUAUCUCCAUCGGCUUCCACUCCAUGCACUUGCGAUCGGAGGAUAUGACGCGCUGAUCCAUCGGAAUCCCGUCGUUUACACACACAGUCAGUCGCUGCUACGUUCCUGCUUCGCGGCCACGGAGCUGUCCCGUCCCUUGCCUGCGCGCAUCAACGCCAGAUUCAUAUCGGGCAUUGCAGAAUCCGAAUCCACAGGACUUGAGGCAGGACGGAGCAGCAUCCAGACACUAGCCCGUCGGUUCCGCACAGAUCCAAUGAUCGACCGGACCGCCUCCAAGAAGCUCUUCCUGGACGUGGCUACCCAGUCACGUCUACUUCAUCUGCACACUCACUGCAACUGGAAGUCGAGAGACCCGUUGGAUCAUGAGGUCGAGUUUCCCAUGCCAUGUGCGCCGCUCGAGGGGCAGCGCCCGGUCGAGAGCGUCACAGCCCGAGAAUUCUUCGACAUCCAAGUCUCUCCAGGUACACACAUCAACAUGAUAGCGUGCCAAGGGGGUGUUAUGGAUGUACGGCUUGGAGAUGAGGUCAUGGGGCUCGUCCCUGCACUGAUGUGUUCCGGGGCCAGCUCUACUAUUUCAACGCUGUGGAGUAUCAAAGACACGCAUGGGGUGAAGUUUGAGAAGGUAUUCUUCGACUCGUUCCUCAAACAGAGCGCUCCCAAGAAGCGUAAGAACGGACCUAAAACGGACGAUGAUACAUCAAAACCCGACGGCAGCCUCUUGGUGAAUCUUGCGAAAGCGAUGCAGCUAGCCGCCAAGGUGAUGGACGAGUUCACAGCAGCGCCUCUCUACAAAUGGGCAGGCUAUGUGCUUCAUGGCUGCUGGCAAUUCCCACUUUCGGAACAGGAUAUCGAGUCGUUGCAAACUGGUGUGAUAGAUAAAGGAGCCGACGGCGCCGCAUCUUAG